GCCUGCCUUGCCUGCCUGCCUGCUUGUCCGUCUCUCAGUCUCGGGGGCUUUUCCCUUCUUCUCCACGUCCCUUUCUCCUCUUGUUCCUCUGUCCCCACAUCUUUUAUCCUUGGUCUCCAGUCCGAUCUCCCUUCGAGCUCACGUCCUCCCUAAGCUGAGGUCCAUGGUACACACGCACCCUGCCUUCGCCUGGUCUGGCCUGGCCUGGCCUUAUUACGCAUCCAAUACUAUUGCUACUGGGACCCCUCCCCCCUCCAUCGUAGAAUGCCCGGUCGUCCUGUCUUUUGCGUUGCACUGCGUCUAGCCCAACACCCUUACCUCACCGGACCUCACCCUACCUUAUCUUAACUGACCUCGCCUACCAAAUCCGACCUCAACUUGACCCUGCUUACCUUACUCUGCUUCCUCCCAAAUCCUCUUUUUCGUGUCGGCCUUUCCCCUUCAAUUCUCUUGGUCAAUGUGUCUCGUCGCCUUGCCCUACCACCUCACGCUGUGCUGAUGGCCUAGUUUCCGGACCCGACGGCAUCGCACAGCACACCCAACUUUGACCGUCGUCGUCAUCCUCCCACUUCGACUUUCCAUCCCUGGCAAACCAUGAACCAUCGCCGCCAUGCCUUUUCUACGCCGUCGCGGCAACGUCGUCAGCGAGACCGACAUGAGGCGCCAUACCAUUAUUGAUACCGAAUCGGUGCCCCAGCUUCCGCCGCUUCCCCAGCACUUUCCUUCUCCGCAACCUCAAUCCCAACAGCAGCAGCAGCAACCACCCCGACCUCAAUCGCAGCAGCACCAGAAGCAGCCAUUCAUCAUCCAGCCGCAAGAAGCACAGCAAUCGCAAACGCUGUUACCACCAUUGCAGGGACAGCAGCAAGAGAAAGAGCAGGGGCAGCAUGGGGAGGAACCGCGACCCUCUGUGUCUGCCUCGACUCAGGAAUCUCAGUCCACACUUUUGGCUGUGCCUGCGCAAUCCGAAGGCGACGGCGACGAGCCUGGCCAGCAAACCCCUGACGGCUCAAGUGACCGACCAAAUACCCCUCCCGUUCAGGAAGAGACGCCGAAGCAUCGUCGUUUCUCUAUGUUGAGAUUUCGCAAUGCCUCCGACUCGCAGCUGUCCCUCAGGGCCAAGCAACAGGCCGAAAAGCCCCCCCCUGUGCCUCGCCCGCCCGAAAUCAUUACAACUGCUCCGACUGUCGAUUUUCAGGUUCCCCAAAAGAAGCAAUCUCGCAUGCGACUCGCCGACCGAUUUCGACGCUCCGGUGAAAUGCCAAGGAAUAGUGAAGAUGGAGGCGCCCGGGCCUUGACGUGGAUGUCGUCGCGAAGAAAGACGGGAUUGGAAGACUUAGCCUCGGCAAAUCGGCCGACCCUUGUGACUUUCGAAGAACCCAGUCGUCCGUCGUCAUCGAGGGCGCCGACCAACGGAGAACGUCAUGAUGUCCCCAAUCUAUCGCUCCCUGCAAACCGAGCUUCAGAAUCAUCGCGGUCCGACGCAAGCUCGGGAGAACACCUGUACACUACAAACACGAAGGAUAAUUCGCCACCGGUGCACUCAGGCUCCAGCUUCUUCCGUAUGCCUCGGAGGAAACCCAAGGCUACAGCUCCAAUGUUCGACUUGUCACAUUUGCCGCAAAGAGGAAAGCCUCUGAAUGGGAACAAUAACGUUGCGACAUCGUCUUCUUCGCUCGGCACGUCUCAUCCGAACGUCGUAUCUACUUCUCGAGAAAAUACACCGCGUCCCCAACAAGGAUCGCGUCCCCAGUCGAGUCACAGCGUGCGCGCCGAUUCAUUAGCAUCGUCCACACACGAACAUUUAGCCAGGCCGAACGCUUCGCCCGCCACCGCUCUAUUCAGGCCGGGGUCAAUCCAUUCGGGGCAGUCCUCGCCGACUCGCACACGCUUGCAGCGGCGGGGUAGAUCGUCGACCAUGAGCUCUUUGGGAAGGGAGUCGAUAGAUGGCCAUCUUGACCCGGGAACUGGUCGAACAUCCACAUCGGUUGGUCGCAAGAGCUUCGGCGACCUAUUCGGUCUCAACCGAUUGCGUCAAAAUUCAGAUCUUGGUCAGGGCCGACAAGGCAGCCUGACACCAGCUACUCCUGGCUCCAACACAUCGAAGAACAACUCGUUGCAGAUUGCGCGCGAACCGAUCGCUCUGCCCGAGAAGCUCGAAGACGAAACGCCGGUUAAAUAUCUUGGUCGUAUCGAGGAAAUACUCAGUCGCGGAGUCAUUGCCAGCGCGUUAUCUAAGGGAAGCGAUUCGUUCUCGAUAGCGGUCCUCCGCAGCUACAUGCGCCGCUUCAGCUUCUUUGAAUACCCCAUGGACAUGGCUAUCCGAAAGCUGCUCAUGGAGGCUGAGCUACCCAAGGAAACACAGCAAAUAGACAGAUGCCUUCAGGCGUUUGCGAACCGUUACCACGAAUGCAAUCCCGGGAUCUAUGCCUCUCCAGACCAGGCGUAUUUUGUCGCCUUUUCUCUCCUCAUUUUACAUACCGAUGUUUUCAACAAGAACAACAAGCACAAGAUGCAGCAACCCGACUACUUGAAAAACACACAGGGAGAGGGCGUCUCAGACUCAAUUCUAAGGUGCUUUUACGACAACAUUACAUAUACCCCUUUCAUUCAUGUCGAGGACGAUCUAGACCUCAGCAGCGAUCGACUUUUGGCAAACAGAGCCAAGCGGAAGACGCUAUUUCCAGGAGGCACGCCGGAGACAACCGUCAGACGGUCAGCCCGUGAGCCUCUUGAUCCCUAUACUCUUAUAAUAGAUGGCAAGCUGGAUAUCUUGCGUCCGAGUCUCAAAGAUGUGAUGGAACUCGAAGAUCACUACAACUACUUGGGGACGGCAAAGGAUCUCAACGUCAAAGAGCUUCAGAGAACGUUCUUCAGAACCGGUGUCUUGCAAAUAGUGUCGGCUAGGUCACGGCCAGAUGCGUUCCGCGACGACAAGGGCUCCGCCAAUCCGGCUGAGGCGGCUCAAGGCGUUGUUGAUAUCAAAAUCACGAAAGUCGGCCUCUUAUGGCGUAAGGAUGCCAAAAAGAAGAAAACGAGAUCGCCGUGGCAGGAAUGGGGGGCUAUUCUGACCGGCGCUCAACUCUAUUUCUUCCGCAAUACCACAUGGAUCAAGAACCUGAUGCACCAGUACGAGACUCAUGUCAAACAGGGAUUUGAUGGGGAGCCGAUUACUUUCAAGCCACCACUCCCGGAAUUUAAGCCUGACGGGUACUUGCCGACAAAAGAUGCGGUUGCGCUCGUUGACGUCACCUACAAGAAGCAUAAGAACGCCUUUAAGUAUUCUCAACCCAGCGGCUACGUCGAAGAGGUUCUCCUAGCCGACAACGAAGAGGAAAUGAACGAUUGGCUUGCCAAGCUCAAUUAUGCAGCCGCGUUUACAACAUCGGGCGUUCGAAUGAGGGGCGUUGUGGGCGGUAACUACGAGGGCCAGAGCCGGCGUGGCAUAAGGAGGCUCGGCAGUUCAGCCUCUGCGCAGGUUAUCCAGACCCCCACCGGCGACGUCAGCAUCGUACGCGGGAAGAUUGACCAUAAGGAGGCCGAGUCGAUCCAGGCGCAACGACGGCAGACCAUGAUGGAUGCAGUUGCCAAAGCCGACGAGGAGAUCGCACUCAAAGAGCAGGAGCUCGAGGUGCACUUGAGGAACGCGCGGCAUUUGCAAAUACUGUCGCCCAUCCAAGCCAAAACCCGAGAUCAGAUCCUUUCAGCCGCGGCCCACAUGGAUGUCAAAAUCAAAUGGAUCCGCAUGGGCAUCUGGAAAUCGAGGUGUCACCGGGAUGUUUUGUUGAAAGAUUUGGCCGAGGAACAGGGUCCUCAGGGCCUGGCGCCCUCCAAGAUGCAAAAUGGGCACGAGUUCAACGAGCCAUCUCCGUCUCGGGAGAGACCUUCCAAUCUCGAAGCUGGCUCGGCGAGCAGCGUCGCGCGAAGACGUCGGCGAUCAUCUGCUGCCGUCUCUACCAUUCAGGGGUCUUCCAAGAUUCCCCAGGCAGAGCCUGAAUCACCGGUCACCGAGGCUUACCAAACACCGCCGACAAGUGCAACGUUCAGUCCGCACAAGCAUCAGAAUUCUUGGGAUUCUAAAGUCUCCAGGUCAAUGGAACAUUUGCAACGCAAGAGACCUGGCUCUAGCUCCAGUCAUUCUUCUAUCGAACCGACUUUCUACAGCCCGAAACAGCAUUCGACGCCGCAAAAGGAUAUGGACGUUGAGCAAUCUGCAAUUGAUCACCACCAUGAUGACGUCGACGCGAACGAACGGGUGCUCCUGGAGCAGGCCGGCCUUCUCGACUCGGGUUCUCGCGGUAGAAUUCAGCCAGAAAGAAAGCGGACUGGGUCACUGUCCGAAGCCGGAGACGCUUCCGAAUCGCGAGACACCCCAGGCUCAAUCGAUAAGCAAGACAAAAUGAAGAUCCGACGCAGCUUGCAACGCACGCUCAGGGAAAGUGCUGGCCACCUCUCGCAUCACCGCAGUAGGAAAGGCAAAGAAAUACUCUCUGGUGGUGGAUCGGACGACAUGGGUCGUGAAGACGUGCUUACGAGAGGCUCCGGAAGUUUUGUGGUACAUGGGAAGAAAGCAUCAGUCAUCAACUUCGGCUCCGAACUUCAGCAACUCACCCCGGAAGAACGUAUGAGGCAGCGAAAGCAAGAUCAACGUGACGAGCCUGCAUCCCCCGCUAGCUUUGACGAAGAUUUCCACGAUGCUCUGAACAGCUCCUUCGUUCCCACCGAGCGACGAGAGUCGGCUGCUAGUGCAAGUACCGCCACGGCUAGAAGCUUUCGCGAGCUUCACCGCAAAUACUCCUCGGCGCACGCAUCCAAGGCGCCGGUGUUUGGCGGUCGUCUAUCGGUACCUUCUGAUGGCGAAAGCGAAGCAGCAGUCAGCUUCUCGGAUGGGAGGCGGACACCACUUCCUCCAAUCGAGAACGAGUCUGGAGAUGAGGAAGAAAACCAAGUCGCUGUCGGUAGCCUGAGGUCCGGAACGGGCCCGCAGUUCAUCGUCAGCCCGCAGCCUGUACCUGUGUCGCUGGCAAACCCGGUGGCGACCCCCUCCGAGCCAACGACUCCGCUGGAACCCCAAAAGGGGGAUGAGAAUGUCCAAGGGGCUGAGAUGCAACGACUUCCCAGCCCAUCCAUACAAGCAGUCAAAGCCUAGGUGAUCAAGGUGUGCCGCGCUCUAAGUCCGCACCGGUAGCCUUUA